ACAACACAAGUUUUGAUAUAAAUUACCUUCUGGCGAUUAAAGUGUCAAAAAGGCCUAGUGGUAGACUGAUAGUCUAAAAAUCAAUUGUCCUGAAUACACCGUUGGUAUUGCUCUACUCCAGUCAGCUCCAGUGCCAAAAAAAUUUUGUCUAAUGGAAAGCAAAGAUGAAGAAAUUGUUCGCAUUGUGAAUUGUAUCAACAGCUGCUGGCCUGAAUAUCCUUUUACGUAUGCAGACAUUCGGAAACCGACGGGAGAAAAAUUUAGGGAUGUCUUGAGCAAGUUUCUACAAGGAUUCCUUGGUUGCAAUUAUCAAUAUCCUGCUAUAAAUAUGCACAAAUUCUCCUCGAACCCAGAAAUGUUUGUCCACUUGGAAGGCAACCUUUCUUUGUUUCGGACUGUCAACAGGAUCUUAAAGGAACUGGGAUACCAUAAUUUCAAAUAUGGAGAUAUGAUUAAACCAACUUCCAACACUGUCAAGGAUGUUUUUGUGUGUUUGGUCAACUUUCUUGCCUAUUUUGAAGCUGAAGAGGCAACAAAAGAAGAAGCUGAAGCAGAAAUUCAGAAGUUGAAACAGCAAACCGUCCAAUACGAAAAGCGUUUACUGGAGGAUGAAAAAUAUCUCAGCAAAUGCCAACAGAAUGAUGAAGAAAAAAAAAUCCAGGUCACGGAAUUGCGUCAAGUUCUGGUUAGCCGAAAAGAGAAUUUUAUGAAGAUUGAGGCUCAUGUUAAAAAAAUGGAAGGCGACGUAGACAAUUUAACUAAAAGAAUUAACAACAUUAACACAAGUCUUGAAAAAGCUGUCGUCACUUUGAAACAGGUAGACCAGGAAAAAGAAAAAGCCACCGAAGCGGUUGUCGAAGAUCCAGAAGCAUUGGAAGCAGAACUUUUAGCAAGUCAAGAUGAAAAGGAAGCAAUUGAGACUGACUUCUCAUCCAUCAAAAACCGAUUGCCAGCUCUCGAGCAACAAAUUCAGGAUCGCACUUUACAGUUUCAGGAACACAAAGAGACUCACCAACGUUUGGCGCAAGUCAAAGCAAGGGAAUCUAAAUUAAAACUUGAGUGGCACACUGCCGAGGCUGAUUACCGAAGAGUAGACGACGAGAAGCAACUCCUAGAAAACAACGUCCAAACGGACCUGAAUUUAAUCGAGAGCAAGAAACGGAUGUUAGUAGAAUGCGAACAAAAAGUCGAACAUUUGAGAGAACAACUGGAAAAAACACGCUCCGAUGUGAAACAGUGCUUGAGUGAGGAUGAUUGUCGGAAAGCCCAGAUGGAGGCGCGCAUAAUAGCUACGGAGAACGAGAUUUCCCGGCUGAGGCAAGAUUUGAAACUAAGUCAAAAAGUACUUGACGAAGGAGCGGCAGUGCUUGAAGCCAUUUAUAUAAAGCACCAACGAGAUAAGGAGCAAAUGAUAUUGAAGCACGAUCAGUUAUUUGAAAAAUUUGAAACGUCAAUGAAAAAAUGUUUUCCUCAGUGAGCGUAUUAUUCUCACAUUCUUAUGAAGAAGCGUAAUUGUGUCAAAUUAAAUUAUUAUCAGAAGUCUAUACAGUUUUCAGUUACGAUAGUUAACUAUAGAAAUACAAACUGCAUAUAUUUAAAAAGCCAA